AUGUCAUCCCAGUGCGUGGCGUCUCUCUACCACUCACAGAACACCCUCUUGCCUUGUCUCAUCCACAAAACAGGUAUGUCGUCCCAACUUCGUGGCAUCCCUCUACAACUCACAGAACACCCCCUCGCCGUGCUCAUCCAAAAAAAAGAACACCCCCUCGCUGUGCCUUAUCCAAAAAAAAGAACACCUCCUUGCCGUGCCUCAUCCAAAAAAAGAACACCCCCUCGCCGUGCCUUAUCAAAAAACAAAAGAACACCCCCUUGCCAUGCUCAUCCAAAAAAAAAGAACACCCCCUCACUGUGCUCAUCAAAAAAAAAAGAACACCCCCUCACCAUGCCUCAUCCAAAAAAAAGAACACCCCCUCGCCAUGCUCAUCCAAAAAAAAAGAACACCCCCUUGCCGUGCUCAUCCAAAAAAAAAAGAACACCCCCUCGCCAUGCCUCAUCCAAAAAAAAGAACACCCCCUCGCUGUGCUCAUCCAAAAAAAAAGGUCAUGGCAUCCCUCUACCACUCACAGAACACCCCCUUGCUGUGUCUCAUCCUACAAAAGAUAAUAAGACUCAGAUGGUGAAGACCAAGCAGACAGCUAAGAAGACCACUGGGGGUAGAGCUCCCAGGGUAUCUCUUGCUGGUCUGAAAGCUAGGGAAAAACAUGCUGCCAAGUCAAGCAAGGCCCAUGCUAGGAAGGCCCCUGUUGCCAAGAAGAGAAGGAUGAGGAACUUGGCAAAGGUCACCCAGCUUCCUGUGACCUUCAGGUGUGUUUCCUGUCAUUGGAAAGUGACAAGAUUUGAAAGUCCUCAGCCCUAUUUUGGCUUCUACUUGUCAGGCAAGCCAGUCCUGAAACACCCUCUUGUGGUCAUUGGGGGGUUUGAGCAUGCCACCACCUCUGAAGUGGCUGGUAACUCUACUGCCAUUAUCCACCUCCACCUUGAGUCUCUAGAGCUUGGCCAUGCCCCUGUGCAUAUCCUUCACACCAUGUUGCAGGGAUAUUUCAGACAAGACACCUACCACUUCUCACAACUGCCCUUCAACUUUGCCACUGAGGAGUCCAGAGCUGCCUAUGACACUGCAGCAUCAAAGCUAGCUUCAAGUCUGACUACCUUUGCUAAGGUAGUCAUUUUCCUUACUACCCAUACUGAUGAAGACAGGGGGGAUCUGUUCUCUGGAAUGGAGAAUAAGGUUCCAAUAGCCACAGAGGUCUUUGAGUUGCAGUUUCUGCAAGGCCUUCUGUUACCCCUCUCCAACAUUGUCAAGGGUGGAGACCUCAUCUUCUUUGUAUGUGGUUCUACUGUAAGGAAGGAGCAGAGCUUCCAAGGACUGAAGGCAGCUGUGCAACAGCUUCCAUGUCCAAAGCACUCCAACAUCAUCCUGAUGUUGUGGCAGGAGAAGGUAGUGGUGGAGAAAUUUGUCUGGACUGACAAGUUCAUCAGGCCUUGGGGACAACAAUUGCCUGCCCAGUGCCCUCAGUGUUAUAGCAUUCAGAAGUGGGAAGCUGGUUGUUCAGGGCAGACUUAUUCCUAUGAGUGCAAGAAUCCUGGCUGUGGGAAGGACACACAAGGCACAUCUCAGCCUCCCCAAACCUAUACUAUCUGCAUGUCCAAAGGGGCUACCAAACUGACACAGGGAAAGGGGCAAACAUCAUCCUGGCUGUUGGAAUCUUUGUAA